AUGUCUGAUUAUCAGUCUCUCCGGUCCCUUUUUCCUCAAUUUAAGGAAGAAGUACUAAAAAAGGCAAUAGAAAUUUCCAAGUGCCCUGUGAAUUGGAAUAAAUACAAUAAGUGGGUUGAAGCGGGAAGACCGUAUGAGGAACACGAAGAAGUACUUAUGAAUCUGAAACAUGAAUAUGAAUCUCAGAAAAGAUCAGUUGGAACCAGAAAAUAUGCUGACGGAGGAAGAGAAUGCAGAAAUGGAGUUAGUACUCAGAGAAACCCCAGGAAUGCGGAUCGAAACGCCGGGAAAACAAGCAAUGGAACUCCUUCCGCAACAAGAACCAAAACCACCAACCGUAAGGAAGGUGAAUAUUGUGGUCAAGCUUCUGGACUCAAACGAGUUCCCAACGUUAGCGAGGUAUACGAAUCAGAUGAUUAG